GAACUUCCAUAAUUGAAGCGACGUGGGGUCUCUCGAAUGCUGUCCUAUGAAUUGUUUGGUAUGCGAUCUACCGAAAUAAUUAUUUUUCACUUGGCGAAGAGCUUUAUUAUUUUAUGACUUCAUAUGCGCAUUAGAAAAUCACACGCAAUCCCAUCGUUGAAUGACUGAGCCUUUCUGAGGCUUCUUGUCUGGCCUAAGUGCCAAUUGACAUCCUUUCCUAUUCGCGCCCCUGAAUCAAAGCGCUAGACGCCAGACCGACAUCAUGGCAUCAGCUGUAUUCUUCCUCGAUCUAAAGGGCAAGACCCUACUUGCCCGAAACUACCGAGGUGAUAUUCCCAUGUCAGCUGUCGAAAAGUUCCCUAUCCUCCUUAGCGAAGCCGAAGAAGAGUCCUCUGCCGUACCACCAUGUUUCUCCCACGAAGGCAUCAAUUAUUUAUAUAUCCGACAUAACAACCUUUACCUCCUUGCCUUGACGAAGCGAAACACGAAUGCAGCCGAGAUCUUAUUGUUCCUACAUAAAGUUGUCGAAGUCUUCACCGAGUAUUUCAAAGCGCUAGAAGAGGAAUCCAUCCGCGACAACUUUGUCAUUAUAUACGAGUUACUAGACGAGAUGAUGGAUUUCGGCUACCCUCAAACGACAGAGUCCAAGAUCCUCCAAGAAUACAUCACCCAGGAGUCGCACAAGUUGGAAGUACAAGCUCGGCCACCCAUUGCAGUCACUAAUGCCGUAUCGUGGCGGUCCGAGGGCAUAAGAUACAGGAAGAACGAAGUGUUUUUGGAUGUCGUCGAAAGCUUGAACCUACUAGUAUCGGCGAACGGAAACGUGUUAAGGUCGGAGAUUCUCGGCGCGAUCAAGAUGAAGUGUUAUCUAUCCGGAAUGCCAGAACUGCGACUCGGCUUAAACGACAAAGUCAUGUUCGAGACAACGGGAAGGACGACAAGAGGCAAGGCUAUCGAGAUGGAGGAUGUCAAGUUCCAUCAAUGCGUGCGAUUAUCGCGCUUUGAGAAUGACCGAACAAUCUCUUUCAUCCCCCCAGACGGCGAGUUCGAGUUGAUGAGUUACCGAUUGAACACCCAAGUCAAACCUCUGAUUUGGGUUGAGUGUGUGGUCGAGAGCCACUCAGGGUCGCGUAUCGAGUAUAUGCUUAAAGCAAAGGCGCAAUUUAAGAGGAGGAGCACAGCGAAUAACGUCGAAAUUAUUGUUCCGGUACCAGAUGACGCCGACUCACCUCGGUUCCGAACGAACAUCGGCAGCGUUCAUUACGCCCCUGAGCAGAGUGCCAUCGUAUGGAAGAUUAAGCAGUUCGGCGGUGGCAAGGAGUUCCUCAUGCGAGCCGAGCUAGGAUUACCUAGUGUGAGAGGUGACGACGAACAUGGAGGUGGAAUGACAGGUGGAUUUGGUGGAAGUAUGGGCGGCGUCAAUGCAGGCAAAGGCUCCAAGAGACCCAUCCAGGUCAAGUUUGAGAUCCCCUAUUUCACAACUAGCGGUAUUCAAGUACGAUAUUUGAAGAUCACAGAGCCUAAGUUGCAAUACCCGUCAUUACCUUGGGUUAGAUAUAUUACUCAGUCAGGGGAUAUCGCUGUGCGGUUACCGGAUGUUGUAUGAGAGGCGCCCAGCGGUUGACCUAUAAUGUUUUUCUAACGAGGAUGUUACUUUUCGACAGGUCUAGAGAAAAGUUUCAGGUAGUGUUGAUAAGUUACAAUUAGUCAGUGGCGACGCCGGGCAUGAAUAUUAAACGACGUUCCAAAUAUCGUUCGUAUACCCGUUUUAAUUACAUUAUUUUGGCAGAUCUGUUCCUGCGGCCUCCCGA